AUGACAAAUUAAUUUUCCAUAUAUCCAUGACAUUUCCUUGUUGUUUCUUAUCAGACUAUACGAAAAACAAGGUGGACUUGUCCAAUCACUAAUAUACCCUAAAAAUAAGGUGGUGAAUGCAUGAAAAAUACUUCUAAAACUCACGAACAGCAAUAACUAUUGAUUUCACCAAUUCGAAAGAUACCAAACAUGUCACAAAAAACAAUUUUUGCUCAGCAUGCUAAUGUUGCGAAAUGGACACGUCGAGUCGAUCUUUUCAGUAAAGAUUAUAUUAUUAUUCCAAUUAACGAAUGUGCACAUUGGUUUCUUGGUCUUGUCUGCUAUCCAUGGAUGGCGGGAAUGGUCAGUUACACGGCUCUCUAUCGUGAAGAAGUCUAUCAUCUCUGCCAGUUGACAGAAAAAUUUACUAAUGUCGAUCGCAUCAACUUCUCAGGCGACGAUUUAAAUUCCCUAGAUAUUGGUGAAGAAGUUAUUCAAAGGUUGCCUACCGACACUCCAGGUGAAGCAUUUGAUCGGUGGCGGCGAAGACGUUUAGCCUGGCUUCGUCAACGUGGUGUUAAUGCAAUGCCAUGUGUUUUACUAUUCGAUUCGCUUCCUUGUCAAAGCCGAGUUGGCAAUUUGCAUGUUAUUCGAAAUUAUUUACAAGCUGAAUGGAAUACUCGCAGAUCAGCCCAAGAUGGUGUUCUCCGCUUCGAUAAGGAUACAAUUCGAGGUUUUAGUCCUCGAGUGCCUGUUCAGAGUAACCUGGUUGAUUGUGGAAUCUACCUACUUCAUUACGUGGAAAUGUUUUUCAAGAAACCUGUUCAAAGUUAUACGAAGGAUUAUUUCCAACACGAAAUGGCUGGUUGGUUUCCAGAAGCUACUGUCAGCCAGAAGCGUGCCCAAAUCCGUGACCUUUUGGUUAACCUACGAGAGCGUACACUGAGGGAGAAGGCUAAAAACUGAUUCCAAUACAAAUCACUGUAACACUAUUCCUCUUAAUAACUUACGAAAUUCAAUUCUUCAAAUGGAUAUAACCAUCCCAUCUUCUUGUAUAUAAAUACACUCCCAUCGUUCCUCUUGCAUUUCGAUUGUCUUUUUCGACAGUGUGAUUGGUUCGGAGACUACUACUAAACUAUUAUUGACACUUUUUGUAUUACAAUUCUUUCAGUCGAAUAUUUGCCUUCGACUUAUUUUAAAACACUGGGCUAUCAUCAAAUGAAUCUUAAUACAUUUGUUAAAACUAACUGUGAACGCACUACUGUGUGAUUUUCUAGUUUUACUAUUUGUAAUACAUCACUGACACCAACCAUAACGGUCAUUGUAAAGUUUUUCUUUCUGCACGCUAUUAUUACUUUCAUAAAAGCAGGGAACUAAUAAUGAGUAUUUGUGCAUGUUUCUGUAUUUUCCAAUUUCCCAACUGCAUUGUAUGUCACACAGGUGAAGUUGUUAGUGGAUAUAUCGACCAAUCAUGUGCAAUUGAUUGAUGCACUACUGACUAUAUGUAACCCAUUGAAUUCAGUUAGGAAUUCAAAAAACACUAAACUACAAACUUGGUGAGUAACUUAUACCGAAAGCGUAUAAAGUUCUAUGAACGUAUGCCAUAACACUGAGGAACCUACCUGUGUUUCCCACCUCCAGUAAAGUGUUGCACAGCCAUAAGCGAAAACAGAGCGAAGUACCUUGGAACGUCUUUGCUCGUUUAUAGACAGACAGACACCGUUUGUUCAUCAUACGUAACGAAAGUUUACAAAAUCCAAACAAGAUUUUCAUUCGUGUCAAAAUUCUAUCGUCUAUCUAUCGCCCAAUGCUAAUGGAGCUGCCAAGGUGAGUAUCGUCAGUGUGCUGAACUACUUACCUCCAUAUGUUCAGAUUAAAAACUGGCCCACUGUAGUUCUAAAGCAUUUCGAAUUGUUGGAGACCCAACUAACACUAAUGUAGUCCUCAAGACAUUCAGACGAGUUCAUUUCACUGACGUCUUACUCAAACAGAAAUAUGCCACCUGAGUAAUCUAAAUUGAAUGAUCUCACAUUGCCAAAUUAUUGCCUACCGAAGGUUGUCCUUGGGCGAAAGAGUUCAUGUACCUAUCCUGUACGUCUUUUAAAAUUUCUAUCCACAACGUUCAUACAUCGAAACAGAUCGAACAACGGACAUUUACGACUAAGACUAACGUCUCGCAACGAUGUGAAAAACAAUGUCUUCUCGUUGUGUUCACCUAUACUCUGAUGAUUAUUUUACUACCGUCGAAGUAACUGUUUCUAUGAAUUCGGUGUCCAGCUUGUACUAUUGAGGUAUGGCAACUUAGACUGAUGCAUAUAUGUGCCUGGACCUACGUUGUAGAGGACUGAAAGUGAUGGCAAUUCAUUGAUCCCAGCUCGGAUAAUGGAGACUGUUUUCCACAGAUUUGCACAGAUCGCAAGCUUUCUGAACUGUCAUGUCUUCCCUCCUCAACUUAAGUCUGGGCUCAUGGUGGCCAUAUUGCGACUAGCUACCGGUGCCGUGGUCGCUUACAAGGUUGUUUUCAUUUUAGAGUAUCUUCUUGGAUUCCAGUCAUGCGCUUUGCCGUUCAACAAAUUUAUCAUUCCAAAAGGUUGGUCGAAAAAGAAUUGGCUGCACUUAGCAUUGACAACAAACUGAGAUAAGUCUAAGGUUAGGAGGUAAUUCGUUGGAAAGUAUAAAUCAGCAUGCACGCGCCUACAGAACCCCAUUUAAAUAAAGACUAGGUCCACUCACGGCUUCGUGAACGCACUACUGUGUGUCCCGUUGGUGAAUACUGCGUUCCUGUGAGGUUCUUACAAUACGGCACGUCUAUUACGGCAGAUGGUUA